AUUGGACAAGAAGAAUGCCCACGGACAUUACGAAGUGCACAUAGCCAAGAUAGCAUCCGAAUCUUCCUGCCUGACACUGACUUUUGGACACUCGGCCCUGAACGAAACUAUUAACGACAGGUUAUACUGGCUGCCAUUAGACUUGAGCUAAUUCAUCUUUGCCAUUCAGCGGCGCGGCGCCGGCACGGGAUUCGCCGGAGCAAUUCUCAUCGGCCUGAAGGAAAGCCAAAUACAGCUGAACUGCUGUUAACUGGCUACCAGUGGUAUUCAAGAUGAAUGUUAGCACGGAGCUUCUAGUGGCGCUGCAGUCCAAGCAGGACCGCGUGCGCAACCUGUGCAUCCUGGCACACGUGGACCACGGCAAAACCACGCUGUCGGACCACCUCAUCGGGUCCAAUGGCCUCAUCCACCCGCGCAUGCAGGGCGAGCUGCGCUACCUGGACAGCCGCGAGGACGAGCAGGCGCGCGGCAUCACCAUGAAGGCCAGCGCCAUCAGCCUGCUGUACGUGCCGGGCGCGGCCACACGGCCCGAGGGCCCCAAGUCGCUCCCAGACGCCGCCAAGUUGUCUGACGGCUACCUGGUCAACCUGAUCGACAGCCCCGGCCACGUGGACUUCUGCAGCGAGGUGUCCACGGCGGCGCGCCUGUGCGACGGCGGGCUGGUGGUGGUGGACGCAGUGGAGGGCGUGUGCAUCCAGACACACGCGGUGCUGAGGCAGGCGUACGAGGAGAAGGUGCGGCCUGUGUUGAUGAUCAACAAGCUGGACCGCCUUAUACUGGAGCUGCGCAUGUCGCCCGAGGAGGCCUAUGGCCGGCUGCGCGACAUCGUGACCCACGCCAACAUGAUCUGGAGCGCCUUCGCCAGUGAGAAGUACCUGCGCGAGGCGGACGCCGUGCUGGCGCUGGAGGCGGCGCGGGCGGACCAGGCGGAGGCGGCGGCGGCGGCGGCGCGGGCGGCGGGAGGGGAGGCCAGCGGCGAGGCUGAGGAGCAGGAGGCGGAGGCGGAGGAGGGCGACGCCUUUGACGCUGUGGCGGGCUCGGUGGCGUUCGGCAGCGCGGCGGACGGCUGGGCGUUCAGGCUGAGCCAGUUCGCGGAGAUGUAUGCGGAGAAGCUGGGCUGCAAGCCUGAGGCGCUGGUCCGCGGCCUGUGGGGCGACUGGGCGUUCAGCCCCAAGGACAAGCGGGUGGUGCGCGCCAACAAGCGCGGCGGCGGCUCCAAGGCGCUCAAGCCCAUGUUUGUGCAGUUCGCGCUGGAGCCCAUUUGGAAGGCCUACACGGUGUGUGACGCGGGCGAGGACGUGGCGGGCACGCUGGGCGCCAUCGUGCGGUCUCGCGGCCUGUCCCACCUGGUGCCGCCCAAGGCGCUGGAGCACGGAGACCCCAGGCAGGCGCUGAGGUCCGUGCUGCGCGCCUGGCUGCCGCUGUCCGAGGCGGUGCUGGGCAUGGCGGCCGCGCAGCUGCCCAGCCCCGCAGCCGCAGCCGCAUUCCGAGCGCCACGGCUGCUGGGCGGCCCGCCGGGCGGCCCACCGCCGCCGGGGCUGCCGGAGCGCGCGGCGGCGGAGCUGGCGCGCGUGGAGGCGGCGGUGGCGAGCAGUGACGCGGGCGAGGAGGCGCCGCUGGUGGUGUAUGUGAGCAAGAUGGUGGCGGUGCCGGUGGGGCUGCUGCCCAGGGCGCCCGGGGAGCCGGCGCCGGUGACGGCACCGGGGCACGACGAGGUGUUCCUGGGCUUUGGCCGCGUGUACAGCGGCGUGGCCCGGCCCGGCCAGCGCGUGCACGUGCUCAGCGGCGCCUACAACCCCGCCAGCCCGGCGGCGCAGCGGCAGAGUGUGGUGCUGGGUGGCGUGUACAUGAUGAUGGGGCGCGCGCUGGAGCGGGUGGACAAGGUGCCCGCCGGCAAUGUGUUGGCCAUUGCGGGUCUGGAGACUGCGGUGCUCAAGUCCGCCACCCUGGCCUCCACGCCCGCAUGUCGGCCCCUGGCGCCGCUCAUGUUCCAGGCGGCGGCUAUUGUCAUGGUGGCUGUGGAGCCAGCCCACCCCUCCGACCUGCCAGCCCUGGUGCGGGGGCUGCAGCUGCUCAACAGGGCAGACCCCUUCGUGGAGAUCAGCGUGUUGGACAGCGGCGAGCACGUGUUGGGCGCGGCGGGCGAGGUGCACCUGGGCACCUGCAUCAAGGACCUCACGGAGCGGUUCGCGCGCGUGGAGCUGCGGGUGUCUCCGCCGCUGGUGGCGUUCCGCGAGACGGUGUUUUGCCCCUCGGAGCUGCCGGAGAGCGCGCCGCUGGGAGGCCUGGUGGGCGGCCUGAAGCCGGUGCGGGUGGUUGAGGCGGUUACGCCAAACAGCGCCUGUGUGGUGCGGGUGCGCGCGCUGCCGCUGACUGGCGGGCUGGCGGGAGCUCUGGACGGGCGGCCGGAGCUGCUGCGGCGUGUGCUAGUGGACGGCGAGGGCAGGGACGGCGUCAAGGAGGACGGCAGCAACGGUGCCGCUGCCGCCGCCACCUCCGCCUCCGCCAUGGCCGCUGAGCUGGAGGCGCUGCGGGCGGAGCUGGCGGCGCAGGCGCGGGCGGCCGGGCCGCUGCAGGAGGCGCGGCUGCAGCAGCUGUUGCAGCGGGCAUGGCUGCUGGGGCCCAAGCGCAUCGGACCCAACCUGCUGCUCGCGCCGCCGGCGGACGCGGAGAGCAGUCUGUUCUCAGUGCCCGCCAGCGCUGUGACCCGCGCCGCCAAGGUCACCAGCAAAACCGUGGGGCCAGGCGCCGCCGGCGCCGCCGCGGCCGUGGCCGCGGCGGAGGCCGGCGCUGCCGGCGCGACGGCCACAGACCUGGCCGACGGCGCAGCGGCACCGGCGCCCGUGGCCCGGCUAGACCUGCGGCUUGGAUCCCCAUUGGCGGCUUGCUCGUUGGGGCUGGUGCCCUCGAGCUCGGGCUCGGAAACGAACGGCACCGGUGGGGGUGCGGCUGCGGGUGCCGCUGACGAGGCGGAGCAGUGGCCGGAGGCGGUGCGGCACAUGGUGUCGUCGGUGGAGUCGGGCGUGGUGGCGGGCUUCCAGCUGGCCACCUCGUCAGGGCCGCUGUGUGAAGAGCCGUUGUGGGGCGUUGCGUUCGAGCUCGAGGUGCGGCUGCAGCAGCCCGCGUCAUCGCAAGGAGCAGCAGCAGGCGGCGAUGAGGCGGCGGCGGCGGCGGACGGCGGCGCGGACGGGGCGUCGGCGUCAGCGGCGGCAGACUGGGCGUCACGUCUGGAGCUGCAAGAGGACGUGUACGGGCCAUUCUCGGGACAGGUGAUGACGGCGGUGGCUCUGGCCUGUCGAAGUGCGGUGAUGGAGGCGGAUGCGCGGCUGGUGGAGGCGCAGUACCUGUGCCAGCUGACCGCCAGUGCCGAGGCGCUCAGCGGCAUGUACGCGGUGCUCAACCGCCGCCGGGCUCGCAUCCUGCGCGAGGAGAUGCGCGAGGGAAGCGACACAUUCCUGGUGAGCUGCUACCUGCCGGCGGAGGCCUCAUUCGGCCUGGCGGACGAGAUGCGGCGCAAGAGCAGCGGCGCGGCGUCAGCAUCCCUCAUGCUGAGUCAUUGGGAACGGCUCCAGGUGGACCCCUUCUUCGUGCCCACCACGGAGGAGGAGCGCGAGGAGCACGGCGAGGACGGCUCCGGACUCACCAACCUGGCCCGGAGGCUGGUGGAUGCGGUGCGGCGGCGCAAGGGCUUGCCCGUUGAGGAGAAGGUGGUGCAGCGAGCCACCAAGCAGCGCACGCUGAAGCGCAACGUGUGAAGUCAACGACCAGCUGCGAGAUAUGACGCUGGCUGAGGUUCCAUGUGUACCGGCAAUGGCUAGUUGCAGGAAGACCAGGCGGGUACAUCACGCGAAGACACGUGACCUUGACGAAUUGCAGGAUGUGAUGGGGUGAUGGGCACGCGGUGAUGCAAGAUAGCUCCGUAGCUGAAUGGGUUGAAGGACAUGUGAAGCUAGGCAUGGGUGGUUGCACUAUCAUCGCUCACACUAAUGUGCGUAGUGGAGUGAAACGCCUGUGCUUCAGCCUAAGAAUAUGAACCAGGGUGGCAUGUGACCAUGGCAGGAGGUGCACAGGCACACGCCAGCAGACUGGGAGAGCUCCGUGGAGACCCCGUGGAGCUCUUCGUAGAAGACAGGCAUGGGCGAGACGAUGCGGGCGUGCCGCGCAAGUAGCGGCGCGAGCGUGCAAGUGGCGACUGGCCGGUGUCUGGUUAGUGGUCAGCACGGCAUUCGGUAAAUACCUGGUUGCUGCAUAACGGCUGAUUGGCUGUGUCUGGACGUGGACGUGCGAUGGGACAGUGGUAAGGCAGGUUGGUAAAGUCCCGUAGGGUGCAGCUGAUUCCCAGAACCCAACAGAUGGUACACAAUUGGCAACGGCAGGGCAGGAGUGCGCGGCUGGUCGAACGCCGGAGUUACUGGAUUGGCUGAGUCUGGACGUGGACGUGAGCUGUGCUUGCCUGUGCUGGGCCACUGGGCGGAGCGGACAGCUGGCUGGCGCACCACGAACCGGCUACCGUAUAUGCGUAUGUCAGGCGGUCAGGAUGUAAACACGGACAGUGUCCUGAGAUGCUGUGGUGUGGGGUCAGGCCUGUGUUCCCUGGAGAGGAGAACCCCUUUCCCUCGACCUGCAUCAGGGUCCCUGCCAUCCGCAGAAACCGAUUGCCUCCGCUUCUGCACGGCUCGCUCGUGAUGGAACAUGGCAAGGGGCAGGAAAGCGUAGUCCCGAUGU